AUGGGAUACCAUUCAUUACCUUGUUUUAAUCAAAAUUUUCAAGUGUACGAAAAGUACGCUUUUGUUAAAGAAAUCGGUCAAGGCGCUUAUGGCGUUGUCUGUGCAGCAGAAAAUACACGUAAUGGAGAAAAGUGUGCUAUUAAAAAAGUGUGUAAAUUGUUUGAAAGACCGAUUUUGACGAAACGAGCACUCAGAGAAUUAAAGCUUUUGGAACACUUUAAUGGACAUAAGAAUAUUAUUGGGUUAAUUGAUAUGGAUAUAGUGGACUAUUCUGAUUUCAAUGAAAUAUAUCUGUAUCAAGAAUUAAUGGAGGCGGAUUUACAUCAGAUCAUUCGAUCUGGUCAACCUUUGACGGACGAGCAUUUUCAGAGCUUCAUUUAUCAAGCUUGUUGUGGAUUAAAGUAUAUUCACAGUGCCAAUGUACUACACAGAGACUUGAAACCUUGUAACCUCUUGGUAAAUACCAAAUGUGAAUUAAAGAUCUGUGAUUUCGGACUGGCUCGUGGUUAUGUUGAUACCAGAAAUGGUGAAGGGGAUGCAGGAUUCAUGACCGAAUAUGUCGCUACACGAUGGUACAGAGCACCAGAAAUCAUGUUGAGUUUUAGAAUUGAUAUCUGGUCUUUGGGUUGUAUAUUUGCUGAAUUAUUAGGCAACAAACCACUAUUUAAAGGAAGAGACUUUGUUGACCAGUUAAACCAAAUAUUAUACGUGCUUGGAACCCCCGAUGAUGAUACACUGAACCGCAUUGGAAGUGAACGUGCUCAAACGUAUAUUAAAAGUCUGGAAAGAUUCGAGAAAAUCCCAAUUUCGCAAUUGUACCCUAAUGCAACACCUACUGCAUUGGAUUUAUUGGAAAAACUCUUGUCGUUUGACCCCAUGUCCCGCAUUGAUGUACAAGAGGCCCUGAAGCACCCGUAUUUCGAGUUAUUUCAUGAUCCCGAUGAUGAGCCUGUGCAUGCAACUACAGUGGAUUUCUCUUUCGAGUCGUUAAAUACAGUGGAUGAUAUAAAGGAGACAAUUAUUGAGGAAGUCAAGAUGUUUAAAGCAAGAAGACAUAGUCUAAAAUUAGAUAUGAGAGGAUUGAGACGUCAUAACAGGUAA